GUGUAUGUGUGUGUGUGUGUGUGUGUAAAGCCAUUAUCAGGCAAAAUUUAUUCUGAUUGAUCUCACUGCUGGCCACUCAAAUUACAAAGGGGGGCUGACAUCAUUCUGCUGAUGUAGCAGAAGCUACAUCACAUGACCUUUGUAACCUGAUCUCUCCUGGUGUGUAAUGACCUUGGGUACCAAAAGACCCAAAAUGUGGCUCCUGCCCAUUCCUUCUCUUCGCCUUGAAUCAGAGGGAGGAUCCGGCAACAGGUAGGUUACCCGUGGUAAAUAUCAGUUUUAAUUGUCAUCAGUGUGAACUCAUUCUGAAUACACUAUGACAUCCAUUUCAGCGUGACAGACAAAGUUGGUCCAAUUUUGUUGACGGAUGCACAGAGCGCACGCCACAGGCAUGCACGGCCUAGUGACCAAGCACUGGCUGUCUCAAUCUUACAUGUUGACCGACGAUGAUGACGAGGGUGAUGAUGAUCGGGGUCAUGUGGGACACUGAGGUGAACCGAAUGGGUAAUUGGGUUGUUACGGUAAUGUAAGGAAGCACGUCUGCUCUUGCGCUUAUCAGUGGCACGCAGAGCGGAUGAGACGUCUGGUUUCACGGGGCCACCACGGGCGUCUUUAGAUGUGGUUAUUUGAGCUGACACAUGGGGGUCUCGCGCUGACACGGUCCCUGUGUCAGAGCAGGCUUUGAAUGUCGGGGCAACGCGCGCCAUCGGCCUGCGUUCGUGCCCUGGCCACAUGUGGAGGCGCAGUGAGUGUAUAGGCUAUGCUCGAUUUGCGGAGUUGCUAGGGGAAGGAAGCCGAAACAAAAGGAUAUUAAAAUUAAAUCGCCAGAAGAAAGCAGACGUGCCUUGUUUGCAAAAUCAAUAGUACAUUUCUCUGCGGGGGUUUCGCAGUUUUGUAGUUGUAAAAUAGAAGAACCUUUCAUUAAAAAACUGAAUAUCUGAUAAGGAAAGAGGAGUAUCAACAUGACAUUAUUAUUAGGUGUCCUAUCAAUUUCAUUCAAAUUAUUGGUUGAAUAAACCAAAGAUUGUUUCGCAUCCUUCUGGCCGUUUUCCAACGCACAGCACUAUGUAUGUGUGAGUGAGAGAGAGAGAUAUCCAUAGGUUGCAACCGCUCGAAAAAGGUGUCGGUUUUGUGAGGUUGUUCAUUCACUCUGUGCUGAAAUACGGCCAGCCUUCUUAAACACCCCUUCCGCCGCUCGGCACCGACACCAUUACACAGAGAGAGACAGAGAAAUGAAGGGAAGGAGAGAAGGGAGGGAUGUGGAGGGGGCGGUGGCGCCAGUGGGGACUGAGACGAGGAGAGCGAGCGUGUGCGCGCACGAGUGAGAUGCGCAGCACCAGUGGUAGGGAAACACACCCGCCAGCCGCGCGCGGAGGAGAGAAAAAAAGGCUGCACGGACAAAGGAAACAUGGAUGCAAUAGAAGGGUAUACCUUCAAACAAAUAACGGAAUGGAUCUGCCGCUCCUCGUGCAUCUCAAAACCAACCAAUUAGCCUAUUUUAAUGCGGUGGUGGGAGGCAAGAUUCUGCAAGCUAAAAAGGCGGAAAGCUUUGUUUAAUCCGUCUGCGGAUCAUAUGAGCUUGCGAUGGCUGUUACAAGGAUAUGUCAGAGUUUAGGGAACAACGUGCCUCUAUUUUGUGUUGUAUUUUUCUUAUUUUGUGGCCUUUCAUUUGGACAAUUACGUUACACCAUUUCUGAGGAAUUAGAAAAUGGAGCGCUGGUUGGUGAUCUCGUGCAGGACCUGGGGUUGGAUAUCCGAACGCUCUUCACCCGAAAGAUAAAGGUAACAUCCAACAGCGGUAAGCGAUAUGUGGAUGUCAACCCCAAAAACGGAAAAUUACUUGUUAAUGACAGGAUCGACAGAGAGACUCUGUGUGAUUUGAGCAACACCUGUUUUUUAAAUUUUGAGGUGCUUGUUGAAAACCCCUCGGAGGUGCACAAUGUCGAGGUGGAGAUUGUGGAUGCCAAUGACAAUGCGCCGCAGUUCCCUAGAGACGAAUACCAACUGGAAAUUAAAGAAUCGGUGUUACCAGGGUCUCGUUUUCCCAUUGAAACUGCACAGGAUCCGGACAUGGGAUCGAAUUCUAUUCGUCAGUAUCGACUCAGCCCAAACGAACAUUUUAUACUGGAUUCCAACAAACCCUUGCCGAACAGCAAACACAUCGAGCUCGUGCUUAAAAAGCCCCUUGAUCGUGAACAGACACCUUACCACCAAUUCAUUUUGACUGCUGUGGACGGUGGAACACCAGCAAAAACCGGUACGUCUAAAAUCAACGUGCGAGUCGAGGAUGCAAACGAUAACGUCCCCUCGUUCGACAGCUCUGUUUACAAGGUGAAAUUAUAUGAAAACUCCCCGAAAGACACGCUGGUCAUCAAGUUGAACGCCACGGACCUGGACGAGGGCACCAACGGAGAGGUGUACUACUCUUUCGGUAGCUACACCAACGAGAGAGUCAGGCAGAUGUUCUCCAUGGACACCAACACAGGCGAAAUCAGAGUGAAGCGCAACGUGGACUACGAAGAGACGAACACGUACGAGAUGUACAUUCAGGCCAUGGAUAAGGGCCCCGGGGCAGUGGCCGCCCACUGUAAGGUGGUGGUGGAAGUGGUGGACGUGAACGACAACGUCCCAGAGAUCGUGUUGUCGUCUCUGUCCAGCCCGGUGAGGGAAGACGCCCGGGCUGACACGGUUGUAGCCCUGAUCAGCGUGACCGACAAGGACUCCGGGCCUAACAAACAGGUGAGCCUGGAAAUCCCCCCCGGCCUGCCUUUCAAGAUCAAGUCCUUCAGGAACUACUACAUGCUCGUCACCUCCGCCUUCCUGGACCGCGAGACCGUCGCCGCCUACAACGUCACGCUCAGCGCCACGGACGCCGGCACCCCGCCCCUCUCCUCCCAGAAGACGAUCCAGGUGGAUGUGGCCGACGUGAACGACAACCCGCCGCGCUUCGAGCAGACGUCCUACACGGUGUACGUGACGGAGAACAACGCUCCCGGCGCCUCGCUGUGCACGGUCAAGGCACAGGACUCAGACGUCAACGAGAACGCUCGCAUCACCUACACGGUCCUCAACGACAACAAUCACGGCAUCCCCGUCACGUCGUACGUGUCCGUGAAGGCCGACACGGGCGAGGCGUACGCCCUGCGCGCCUUCGACUACGAGUCUCUCAGGGAGUUUCACUUCCAGGUCAAAGCUCAGGACGGGGGAAUCCCGCCUCUCAGUCGCGUGGCCACUGUUUAUAUCUACAUCAUGGACCAGAACGACCACGUCCCUGAGAUCGUCAAUCCCCGGGGCAACGGCACGCGCGCCAUCGAGACGGUGCUGAAGAACGCAGAGCCGGGCGCCCUGGUGACCAAGGUGGUGGCGUACGACGCGGACGCGGGACCCAACGCCUGGCUGGUGUACGUGCUUGAUCAGGCGUCAGACCUGGACCUGUUCAAGGUGCACGAGCACACCGGGGAGAUCCGAACCACGCGCCGCGUCCUGGAGGAAAACUCCACCUCCUUCAGCCUGACCGUGCUGGUCCGCGACCACGGCCAGCCGGUGCUCUCCUCCACCGCUACCAUCAACGUAGCCGUCAUGGAGGUCCUCCCCAAGAUGACCCCUGACCCCAAGAGGGUGAUCCGACCCCACAGCACGCUGCUUUUCUCCAACGUGACACUCUACCUGAUCGUGGCACUUAGCGCCACCACCUUCGUGUUCCUGGUCACGGUGGUCGUCCUGGCGAUCGUGCGUUGCCACGCCUACUGCACUCAGCCGGGCUCCUGCUCCCCGUGCUGCGUAUCGCAGAAGCCCCCUCCUGACGGUGGCGCCAGCUGCAUCGCGGCCAGCGGGGGAGGGGGUGGCGGGGGCGGGCCGCAACCCAACAACAACGUGGUCCUGCGGAGAGACCUCAAAGUGGAGCCGCACUACAUUGAGGUGCGAGGCAACGGCUCGCUGACCAAAACGUACUGCUACAAGACUUGUCUGACCGCCACGUCGGGCAGCGACACCUUCAUGUUCUACAACACGGGCCGGCCGAUGAGCGGGACCUGGGGCUCCGAGCGUUUCUUCACCGGCGGCAGCGGCUUCGUACGGAGGCUGAGCAUGCCCGACGCCUCCCUGCAAGUCUGUCCAGAGCCAAAAGCCCCAAAUGCUGACUGGCGAUACUCUGCAUCUUUGAGGGCAGGCAUGCAGAGCUCGGUCCACAUGGAGGAGUCGUCGGUGAUGCAGGGAGCUCAGGGCAUGCUGGUCCAGAACUGGCCCACCGUGUCCAGCGCUGCAGAUGGGGAGGGGGGUGAGCUGUCCCCCCCGGUGGGUGCAGGCAUCGACAGUAACAGCUGGCACUUCCGCUACGGAGCAGGACCGGGCUACGGACCCCCCCAUGCCCUGAAACCUGGAGAGAUCCCCCCUGAAGCCUUCAUCAUCCCCGGCUCCCCCGCCAUCAUCUCCAUACGCCAAGACCCCGGAGCCGCCGACGACAAGAGCGACUUCAUCACCUUCGGCAAGAAGGAGGAAGCCAAGAAGAAGAAGAAGAAGAAGAAGGAGAAGAAAGACAAGAAGGAUAAAGGGAAGGAUGACGGGGAGGAGUAGAGGAGAGUGGAGUGAAGGGGUGGUGGGUGGGGGGGUUAUAAAACGGAGCUACCAACAAAAGUCCAAACGACAGAGCCCCGAAAAAGCCAAAUGUAUAUUUUAGGAGCAGGGAGGCCUCCCUGUGGUGUUUCUGCAUAUGUAAGUGUCCCCAGGCCAGCAUAGCUACCAUUAACCCAGCUCUGUCCUCUGUACGGCAUGUAAACAUGCCACACUAGCCUUUUCUGGCAGUGUGGCCUUGUCUGGCUCUGACUACCCCUGAGGCUUGGGGAGCUUGCUAAUAGCUCUCUCUAGUCAGCCAUUUGCUGAAUGGAAAAGGAAGAAAA